AUGAUUGAUCAACCGGCGUCCAUCCAACUAUUUACGCCCGUUUCCACUCCUCCUUCAGAAGUGCAAUCUUUAACCAAAGGACAACCUGACUCUUCUCCUAUUGAUCAUUCUGUCUUGUUGCCUUAUAAAACUAUGUCUGGAUCAUUUCAUUAUGAUCCGAAUGCAAGCGUUCCUUAUCAGCGUCCUGAUCCACCCUUCAGAUCUGAUGCUUCUGCGGUAGCCAGCAGCAGUAUGAAAUUGGAACGUCUUGAUCCCUCUUCCAUAGGAGUCAAACUGGAAAGAGCCGACUCGGUUUCCUCUUGGACCUCUUCAUCGGCUGCAUAUCCACCCACCCCAGACUCCAGUAUAAUCCCAAGGACGUCUUCUUCCACUCCAGGUAUUGGCAACUUCAAUAACUUUGAAAGGUCUGCCUCGUAUGAUAACUUAUCAUACAUCACAGUUGAAACUGUUUUGCCAGAUAUCAAGAAUUCUGAGGGCAAGUUUUGCUGUACCCAUUGUGACAGAGUUUACACUCAUGGCAAGCACCUUCGAAGGCACAUGCUGAGACACACAGGCGAACGUCCAUACGGAUGUGACUGGUGUCCAAGGCGAUUCACUCGUGCUGACAUUCGCAAACGUCAUGUUCUCAAGUGUAGAGCAAGACUCGAGCAAGCUGGGUCCGCUACUACUUAUAGCAGGAAUGCCGAGGCACAGUACUUGCCAUCUGCUGUUCAGAUGUAUAGAGAAGAUGGUGUUGAAAGACUGUCUCGUUCUAGAUCUAUGAACCAGUUGAGCAGCUUUGGAUAUAGCUCGCCAGCUCCCCAACAGCAAUAUCAAAUGACGCCUCUUUCUGAUACCCCCGCUUCGAAUUACAGCGGUUCGAGACAGGUGUUUCAUGUUGUCCCGGUGACUCAAGCUGCCACUUCGUCUGUCCCACCACCAUCGCCUGUGCAACCACCUCAUAUUGCACAUCCAGUUCCAGUACACGAUGCUCGUUGGAAGUCACAUCAGCAGGUUCUUCAGUUCCCCAGUCAUAGAACUGCAUCACCUCAGGUUGGCUACCAGGUAGUAGAUAGUCCCAGUGAGACCCAAUCUGGUGAAGUUUCCAGUCUGCCUCUUACUGGCUCGUCCAGUAGCUCUUUCUCUGCAUUUUCUCACUUGUCAGGGUACAGACAACCGUCUCACAGCCUGACUCCUGUCGCAUCCACCAUCAUGUACUACCCAGGUCAGAUGUCGUCGGUUCCCCAGCCCACUCAAAAGCUGUCCACCCCAUCACCACCCUUGUAUCAAUCCACAAACACCUAUGGAGGAGUCCAAGAGAGAUAUACCCAAGUGGCCGAGCCAAUGGCAGCACCCACACUGCCGCCUCCACUGACAUCGAAUCUCACUUCGCUGUACACCCCUCCCAUCGUCCAGCCCUCGCCACUACUCGACAGUUAUGGAUCAGUCCCCUCGCACGCCCCAUCUUUUGUACAUACUCCAAGACCAGGUCAGUUUGGCUUGGGUAUUUAUGUUAACGAACCAGAACCUUACAGACACAGACGUCUGGACUAA